UCUCACGUCGACUAUACUUGUCUUAUACGUCCACUUUAAAUAUGUCAAGUGAAAGAGGAUCUGAAUAUACUACUAUAUUAGUACAGCCAAAGCGGGAAAUAUCUAGUGCUAUUUGUAUUUAUAAAAUUAAAAAUAAUAAACCACUGAAAAUAUUAAUGGAGAAGUACUGCCUUAGAAUAGGACUUAAUAGGGAAUCUGUAAGAUUCCUUGCAUCAAAUAAUGUCAUUAAUGAAGAUGAUACAGUAUCAUCAUUAAACUUGGAAAAUUACAGCAUUAUUCAAGUGUUACGGAGAUAAAUUGCAGAUCAAUGUUGAAUAAUCGUUAAGUCACUACAAAUACAUUAUGAAACUUAA